AUGAUGGACAGGAAUUACCCGAAUUCCAGUUUCGCAGACCCGCUGGCCCCACCAGCACAGACCGUAGCCUGGGCCUAUGAGCGGAGCACCGCAAGCAUAAAGCCAAGGUAAAUGAGAUGAAGGAGAGGGCGGGUCACCUUCCACGGAAAAUUCCGGUGAUGGAAGGCCUAGCACAACAAACAGAAAUGUGUGACGAGCUUUUAAAGUUAACGCGUCGUGUUAUGGAACAAUUGGGUCGAGGGCUUCACAUGGGAAUAGGAAGUUACGGAUCACUCAUUGAACAUUGUUUUAGAAAUGUUGGACACCCCUAAAAUCUGUAGCACGCCAUCAGCUACGUAGCUAUUUGGCACUGUUGCACGUUAAUUGCCAAUAUGCACAAUGGUCUAUCUGCAUGCAAGACUGAAAUCAUGUCGAAACUUCAAUCUAUCGUUCGAUCGCUUACAACGAACCAUCUUGAAGAAGGAAAAAAGUCACCAGACAGAUCCACUUCAUCAUACCGGUACCGGAACAUUUGCAUAGCUAGUUAGAUAAGUUGUUGCGCGUAAGGUUGUCAAAUCUGUUGAGGUGUUGAAUUCGCUGAUAAACUGUUGUCAUUGACAUAGUCUCCAAUUUUAGGAAGUAGCCUGACUGUUUGCACUCUGACUGAAAGUGAAGUCACAGAAAGACUGGUGUUUUGUACAAUCUGUUGACAGUUGUCCCAGACGUCAACGUUAGUGGUCAACUCUGGAUGUUUAUUUAAGAGCACGGCAGUCAUUUGAGCGUUGAACAAAAUGAUGAUUAUGAAAGUCGUGCUUGUCACACACGUUUAUUUGAGAGGCUCAGUGGGGCAGUAGUGUGUGGUUGAUAAUGUGUAUUUUUUUGUCCACUCUCUAUGUGGAGUUAACCUGAAUUGCCUGUGAAAAUAUCUUGUUUUAUAAAUGGAUAGCGCUGAGAAUGUGGGACACCAGCUGCCCUAGUUAUGGCAUCUGCUGAGCACAGACAGAUAGCGAGAGACAAAAUAAAGUAAGUUAGUCAGUGUCAUACCAGUUGAUCAGACAUGUGGAUAUUGAGAUUCAGUCUUUAGCUAAACCCCAACUACCUGUUUUCUGACAUUUAAGUGUAAACACAUUUGACAGAAUCAUGUCUCUGAUCUUGGCAGACUGGGUUCUUCAACUCAUUUCCAUCUGCAUGAAGAGAGGAGCCCUCGUUAGUGGUGUCAGUGGGAAUCUCUGUCGAAACAUGAACUGUGGAGCCCCACACAGUGUCUCGGAGCAGACUGCCACCCUCCCUCCUCCACGUUCCACCUCCCCACCCCCAGGGUCAGAGGCGAGAGGGAGAAGUAAAGUGAGAGUGAGGGGCUGGUUAGAGACUAGUGGCUUCACAGGUUAUGGAGAGAAACUGGGAUUGACACAGUUAGGGGGGUGAGUGGGGUCUUGUUUUGACCUACUCACCAGCACAUGUUUUUGGUUAGGGUAAGUUAAAUCAGGGAAGGUAGCAUAUCAGACAAGUGGGUUUUAAAACAGUUUUUUUUUAUGGUGAAGCUCUUUUUGCACUAGGCUAUGUCAUUACAUUAUUAUGAAAGGAGGCUAGACUCAACAUGCUUGAAGCCUGUUCCUGAGCUCUGUCUCCAACUGCUCAUUGCCCCUGUGAGUGUUCUACCCUCCAGGAGAAGGACUUGGCCUGAGCUCUGUCUCCAACUGCUCAUUGCCCCUGUGAGUGUUCUACCCUCCAGGAGAAGGACUUGGCCUGAGCUCUGUCUCCAACUGCUCAUUGCCCCUGUGAGUGUUCUACCCUCCAGGAGAAGGACUUGGCCGGCGUCUGUCUUUAGAGAGAAACCAGCCUGUUACACAACUCUAAUGGUGGUUUCGCUCUAAAAAAGAGACUAUCCCACUCAGGGAGGUGGAGAUCACCUCCUCCUCCUCUUCCCUGAGUGUGAUAGUGUCUUCCUGACCUUUUCACUCUCUUGACUGUGUGAAACCACCAGCGUUUUGGUUGGUUCCUCCAAACUGAUCAGUGAGAAUCAGCGUUUUGGUUGGUUCCUCCAAACUGAUCAGUGAGAAUCAGCGUUUUGGUUGGUUCCUCCAAACUGUUCAGUGAGAAUCAGCGUUUUGGUUGGUUCCUCCAAACUGAUCAGUGAGAAUCAGCGUUUUGGUUGGUUCCUCCAAACUGAUUACAGUGAGAAUCAGCGUUUUGGUUGGUUCCUCCAAACUGUUCAGUGAGAAUCAGCGUUUUGGUUGGUUCCUCCAAACUGAUCAGUGAGAAUCCGUGUUUUGGUUGGUUCCUCCAAACUGAUCAGUGAGAAUCAGCGUUUUGGUUGGUUCCUCCAAACUGAUCAGUGAGAAUCCGUGUUUUGGUUGGUUCCUCCAAACUGAUCAGUGAGAAUCCGUGUUUUGGUUGGUUCCUCCAAACUGAUCAGUGAGAAUCAACUCAGGGCGUUGACCUUUGACUUGGGCCCUAGUUUGUGAGUAGCGCUAGCUUACCUCACCCUUUUACUGUAGAUUAGUAGAGAUCUGCUAGUGAAACAGAGGGACACAGAGAAGCAGAUGAGAUGGCUCCCUUCCAGCUGUGCGUUCCCCCCAGACAGCUGUUUGUCUCCUGGCUAGAACAUCAGUCAGUCUGCUCUGUGUGUUCAUCGCACCGAGACGUCUCGUAUUAUCUGAAUAAUAGGAAAUGGGACAUGUUCAUCACAUGGAAACAAAAUGGAGCCGGACAGACUGACUCGUUCCGUUGUUGUUUUAGGGCUGUGAUGAUAUCAGUAUCACAAUAUUUUUUCAAUAGCGAAAAAGAAAACACGAAGCAGAUUAAACUCUUUGGUCCUUUAAAAACCUGCUGUAUGUAAAAUAUUGUGUGCUAUAGCUUGGAAAAUAAAUACAUGUGACUCUGGAUGACAACAUAAUGAUGUUUGUUUCCAACAUCAGGGCUGUUUUCCUAAAGGAGUUAAAUCCGCUUCGUGUUUUGUUUCCUUGUCACGAUACUAACGAGUAUCACGAUACUGGUAUCGUACCGGCCCUAGUUGUUUUUACUACGUGUUUUGAUGGAAAGUAGGAGUUAGCUACUAGCUAGCCUAAAUUAUCUUAUAGUUUGUGUUUGUACAGGGCCUUUCAUUCUGAAGUUCGUAUACUGACAAGUCUGUUUUAAUGCGCCAGUGAAUUUUAAAGUACGGAGUUAAAGUUGAAUUGGAUGCAAAUAUAACCCAAGGUUCGUAAGGUAGUCUGUCCUUCAAAAAAUGUUUAUCACUCUCUGUUCUUCUUUCAUAUAGCCUAGCCUCAGCUUCCUGUUUGUGGGUUAGGCCUUUGUAGGUUUCAAGACUGAGGCCGACAUAAAAAUAUCACACACCUCUCAUUCAUAACCCUGCUAUGACUUGUACCAAUCCAUCUUGGUUUCCUCACCCUACCUGGGUUCCCCUGUACAGUGUACAUUAAUAAUUCACCUCUGUGGCGAUGCCAGUCUCUUUGUGUCACUCUGGGGGUUGUGGAAAGGUCAUGAGGGAGCGCCAGCUGGUUGUCUAGCUACAGUGCCACUAUCCAUGACCGUGCAGGUUGAUAGUGCUGCAUGUUACCCUGUGGUGGCUAAGCGGUGAGCAGGGAACAACAAGUGUGUCUGCUCUCGUGUUGUGAGUAAAAGUGAUCCCUGUUUAGGACAGCAGUCUUCAUAUGGACUCGUCUGACUGGGUUAUGAUCAAUACUAGUGUUUCUAUAAAAAUAAUCACCUGUUAUGGUUGCAUUCUGUCAACGUAUAUACUUUUAUAAUCUAACUCCUUUUCUAAAGCUAAAAAACUAUCAGCUCUUAUGUUACUGUCAAUUGUAAUAUUAUCAACAGGUGAGAGAUUUGUAUUUAUCGGUUGGAUGAGAUAUGUCGUGCGCCACAUAUUCAAGGGCCUCCAUUGCGCCUGACACACUUUGGUAGGCUUGCAUCAUGGGCCUAUAAAUACCGUCUGGGUCUCUGUGUGACAGGGCAAGGUCCAGGGGACUGACAGGGGCACAGCGUGUUGUCGUGGUGGUGGUCACACAGUGUUGUUGAUGUAUGGAAUAAGCUUGUCUGGUUUAGUGCCUCCGAGGCAUGGGGAGGUUGGAACAGUAAAUGUGAAAAUUGUGUGUGUCCUUAUGUGUGUGUGUUCCUUUCCGCAGUGCCAGUUAUGGUGCCACACACCUGGAGUCAGAGCUCCUCCAUCGGCAGACCUACGCAUCCACCCAGCUGCCCACCUACACCACUACCCAUCACCCUACAGGUAAGAUGUUGCUUUAAUAAAGGACUAAGAAUUGGGACUUAUUUAACUAAGCAACUGUAGAGGGCUGGCACUCACAUUUUGUGUUGUGAUUGUAAUAAGACUAUUAGGAGAAUGUUACUUGGCAAGUCAGUUAAGAACAAAUUCUUAUUUACAAUGACGGCCUACCCUGGCCUCACCCUCCCCUAACCCGGACGACGUUGGGCCAAUUGUGCGCCGCCCUAUGGGACUCCUGAUCACGGCCGGUUGUGAUACAGCCCGGGAUCGAACCAGGGUCUGUAGUGACGCCUCUAGCACUGAGAUGCAGUGCCUUCGACCGCUGCGCCACUCGGGAGUAACCGGUCAUGUCUAGAUGGAGACAGCUUUAGUCCAAUUGACAUCAAAAGUAGAUGUUUUGUUGUUGUUGCAUUUUAGCUAACCCUAACCCGUUUCCUAACCUUAACCUAAUUAUCCUAAUCUGCUACGAAAAUAAAAUUUUGACCAAAGCUGUAUCCCUUCUAGACAACCUCAGUAACCUCAUGAAAUUCUCAGUCUCUCUUCACCUCACCCAUCUUCCACCUCUCCCAGGUCUGUCGGGGGGGUUUGACUCAGGCGCUAACACUACUGAGACCUCGGUCAUGAACUUCCUGUCAACCAUGGAGUCUAGAGCCCUGCAGCAGGCUGGUCCUGUCGGGGCCUCGCUGCUCCCCCCCUUUAGGACCACCACGUGGCAGACCGGUGAGGCCACACACACAUAUACAGUGGGGAAAAAAUGUAUUUAGUCAGCCACCAAUUGUGCAAGUUCUCCCACUUAAAAAGAUGAGAGGCCUGUCAUUUUCAUCAUAGGUACACGUCAACUAUGACAGACAAAUUGAGGGAAAAAAAUCCAGAAAAUCACAUUGUAGGAUUUUUAAUGAAUUUAUUUGCAAAUUAUGGUGGAAAAUAAGUAUUUGGUCACCUACAAACAAGCAAGAUUUCUGGCUCUCACAGACCUGUAACUUCUUCUUUAAGAGGCUCCUCUGUCCUCCACUCGUUACCUGUAUUAAUGGCACCUGUUUGAACUUGUUAUCAGUAUAAAAGACACCUGUCCACAACCUCAAACAGUCACACUCCAAACUCCACUAUGGCCAAGACCAAAGAGCUGUCAAAGGACACCAGAAACAAAAUUGUAGACCUGCACCAGGCUGGGAAGACUGAAUCUGCAAUAGGUAAGCAGCUUGGUUUGAAGAAAUCAACUGUGGGAGCAAUUAUUAGGAAAUGGAAGACAUACAAGACCACUGAUGAUCUCCCUCGAUCUGGGGCUCCACGCAAGAUCUCACCCCGUGGGGUGAAUAUGAUCACAAGAACGGUGAGCAAAAAUCCCAGAACCACACGGGGGGACCUAGUGAAUGACUUGCAGAGAGCUGGGACCAAAGUAACAAAGCCUACCAUCAGUAACACACUACGCCGCCAGGGACUCAAAUCCUGCAGUGCCAGACGUGUCCCCCUGCUUAAGCCAGUACAUGUCCAGGCCCGUCUGAAGUUUGCUAGAGUGCAUUUGGAUGAUCCAGAAGAGGAUUGGGAGAAUGUCAUAUGGUCAGAUGAAACCAAAAUAGAACUUUUUGGUAAAAACUCAACUCGUCGUGUUUGGAGGACAAAGAAUGCUGAGUUGCAUCCAAAGAACACCAUACCUACUGUGAAGCAUGGGGGUGGAAACAUCAUGCUUUGGGGCUGUUUUUCUGCAAAGGGACCAGGACGACUGAUCCGUGUAAAGGAAAGAAUGAAUGGGGCCAUGUAUCGUGAGAUUUUGAGUGAAAACCUCCUUCCAUCAGCAAGGGCAUUGAAGAUGAAACGUGGCUGAGUCUUUCAGCAUGACAAUGAUCCCAAACACACCGCCCGGGCAACGAAGGAGUGGCUUCGUAAGAAGCAUUUCAAGGUCCUGGAGUGGCCUAGCCAGUCUCCAGAUCUCAACCCCAUAGAAAAUCUUUGGAGGGAGUUGAAAGUCCGUGUUGCCCAGCGACAGCCCCAAAACAUCACUGCUCUAGAGGAGAUCUGCAUGGAGGAAUGGGCCAAAAUACCAGCAACAGUGUGUGAAAACCUUGUGAAGACUUACAGAAAACGUUUGACCUGUGUCAUUGCCAACAAAGGGUAUAUAACAAAGUAUUGAGAAACUUUUGUUAUUGACCAAAUACUUAUUUUCCACCAUAAUUUGCAAAUAAAUUCAUUAAAAAUCCUACAAUGUGAUUUUCUUGAAUUUUUUUCUCUCAUUUUGUCUGUCAUAGUUGACGUGUACCUAUGAUGAUAAUUACAGGCCUCUCUCAUCUUUUUAAGUGGGAGAACUUGCACAAUUGGUGGCUGACUAAAUACUUUUUUCCCCCCACUGUAUACACACACCAAAUGGCCGCCGCUUUGCACACUCGGUUUUUGUGUGUUGUGAAUUAUUUGUUGUCGAUGAAUGAAUUUUUCUGUGUGCUGUGCUUCAUGAAUUCCAAAGAAAAUGACAUUUUGAAUUGAGGCACCAUGCUGGUUUCAAUUGGGACAAGAGGGCUGCAUCCAUUCCACUCAGUUCAUAUAUUAGACAACGCUGGCCUUGUCUCUUUCUACCUCAUGUUUUGUCACGUGUGAACUGUGUUACCUGCUUGUUUUUGUCUGUAUCAUUUGUAUUUUGUACUUGCCUUUGCCCAAAGAUUUAUCUUUAUUCAUCUGUUUUUUAUUUCUUAGGCGCUAACUCCUCCACAGAGCUGUUCCUCACUGGUGCCCUGCCUUCCAGCGCCACAUUCCCCUACCCCGCCCCCCUCUCCUCUUAUCAGCACCAUGGUGCCUUCCCCUCACGGAGCUACACCACCACCCCCUCCCUGGCCCUCCAGGACCACGCCUUCAGCACCUCCACCAACGGCCUGCUCUCCCCCCACCACGACCCCCUGCUGCAGCUUAAACCCAGCCAGGCCACGCUACCUACCUCCCUGGCCUUCGACCGCCUCCCCGCCCCCUCCCUGGGCGCUGCCCUCCCUCCCCAGUCAUCCACAUAUCGCUCAGCCCAGGAGUCGGCCCCCCACCUCCUGCAGCCCCAGUUUGGGCUACUCCCUUUGGCUACCCAGUCAGCCCCCCAGCCUUACGGGGUGCCCGUCUUCUCGGGCUCCAUCGAGAGAGCACUUCAGCGGGAAUGUAGUGUGAUCAAGCACCACCAGAGGCCUUCUAGCAGCAGCCACGCUGUCUCGGAGCAGCUGCCUGGCUUGCAGCACUCCCUGCAGGGCUACCUAGGCUCAGGCAGCGGGGAGGGGGAUGUCUCCUUCCAGCAGGACCCCUCACGGCAGACCCCAGUGCCCUGCAGCCCCUCCAUUGGGACGGACUCCUCCCAGGGGGUCAACAGCGCGCAGCAGCCCAAGACGGGUGUGCAAUCUCAGGCCUACCCCUCCUCCAUCCCCUCCCCCUCUAGGUACCGCUCAUCUUCCACGGGUGCCAAGACUAAAGACUGUUCUUCCAAACUUGCCCCGGAUGGCGGACAGGGUCACCCCCACUCACAGGGGGGAUCUCCAGAGAGCUACCCCUCCCCAGGGCAGGGGCCAGGACUGAAGCAGGGUUCGGUGAUCGCCAGCCAGCAGACUCAGCCGUACACAUCGGCCCCGCUGCCCAGUCUGCUGUCCACUCUCAGCCACUCUCAGAGUUACAUCACCUCCCAGGUGUACUCCUCUUCCCCCUCAGACCAACUGCCUUCUCUCUACAACACCCUGCCCUCCUUCUCUGGUCAUUCAGGCAACGUAGCGUCUGUCAGCCAGUCCCUGGUCUACUGCUCCAGCCCUGGGCAGGGCCAGGAGAAUGAGGGCCAGUACGGAGCCCAGGUUCAGGGCCUGUGUCUGGGCAACCUCUCCCAGAGCUCCCCCUCCAGCCACUCUCAGGGUGCCCCUAACGUGAGCUACCUGUCUCAGUCCCAGGGGCAGGCUUCGGUCACUCAGUCUCAGAGCUACGCCGCAGGACAAUCCCUCAGCGCCUCCUACCCCUCCGCCAGCGCCCAGAGGUUACCCACGUCAAACUCGGGCCAGGGCUACACCCCCUUCUCUUCAGCCCCUCAUGCACAAGCCUUACAGAACAACUUCAGAUCCUCAGUACAGGACCUAAAGCCAGCCUACUGCAAACUGAAACUGGAAGGAGAGAUCCCCAUUGAGGACCUCCAGGCUCUCCAGCAGGUCUCUUUAGAAACCUCCAGCCUGGGGGGCAGCGGCGACAUGGCCGCCCACAACAACAACGUGGUCUACGUAGUCUCCAAAAUGGAUGACCGUUACAACACUCAGAGUGUGAUCCGGAGCAACUCGCGCGCCGAAGACCAGCUCAUGGGCCCAAAGACUACGACCAACGCCCAGCCCAUGAGCGCUGAGGAGCUCAAACAGCACUCGCUCAUGCUCAAAGGGCCCGAGCCACGGCAACAAAAUCACCAGGCCCACACCCAGUCAGCCCAGAACCACACCCAGAACCAGUACAUCAGGCUCCCCAACUCUCAGGUUCUACUGGAGUCUAACCGUGACCAGCAGAUGGUCCUGAUCCAGCAGCCUCUCAUCCACUGUGGUCACAACCCUUCCAAGGUGCAGCCGACCCCAGGGUCAGGCCAUGUCCCAGUCCAGUACCUUCACAUGGAGGGAGAUCAUCUGAUCAGCGUCAGCCUCAAUGGCAGCCAGAGACAGCCUGGGGCAGUAGGACAGAACACCAUCACAGACUCCUCCAUACUGCACCUCUCUUCGCCAAAGGACACUUAUAGCCAAUCGACCAAUCAGCAGCAGGACGCCAAGCACCAUUUCGCCCUGAGCUCAAUCUGCUUCCCAGAGUCCAUGCUGCUGGCGGACGAGAGGAACAUCCUGUCCAACGUGGACGACAUCCUGGCCGCCACGGCCGCCGCCUGCGGUGUCACGCCGCAGGACUUUGUCAAAGCCACGUCCGCCGAGGGCGAUAUGUCCGACCCCAAGGGUCAUUUCCAGACUGUGGACGCCAGACACCAGUCACCUAGUUUCUCCUCUUCAUCUUCCCAGACCUCCAUCAUCACCAACACUAACUCCCAUAACACCAUGACACUCAAUGGCACUCAUAUGACCUCAGACGGACACCAGUUUCCCAAAGGGGAGGGGCAUCUGGGGCAACAGUACUCAAUGUCACACUCGCACACCGCUGUAGUCAACCCCAGGCACGACAUGGGCGCCGGAAGCCCGGAGACGGGUUUGCAACGGAAGCCCGGAGACGAGCAGAACAACAGUUCGCCCAAAGGACAGUCGGAUCACCCUAGCAACAGGGCCGAUGGCAACCCCAACGGAGGCCACUCUGAGAAUGAGUACCACCUGGUUGGCCUGGGGUACGACCCCUCAGGGCACCUCAACAGAGGCAAGGCCAAUAAGCAGAACCCCAAAGGGCCCAAAGUCAUCAAGAGAGAAGACGGCCUUGACGAGUGUCCCUCUGACUGCUUCCCUAACCCCAAAAAGAGGGUCCGCUCCAAGGCUUCGGCCAAGCCACCCGUUCCAGAGGAAGAGAACAUCCAACCAAGGAAAAAGACAGUCCAGGCCAAGAGGCAGAACUCCCGGGGCAGCGACCCCACCAGCUCCCCCUCCACCUCCACCUCGGAGCCGGUCUACGACAGCUACCAGCAGCAGGAGAGGAUGAGGCAGAAGAUCCGUGAGGUGGAGGAGCAACAGCCUGAGGUCAAGACAGGCUUCAUCGGCUCCUUCCUGGACUUCCUCAAGUCAGGUCCCAAACAGCACUUCUCCUCGCCCCCCGUACGGACACCCAGUCGCUCCCGCAAGCCCUCGGCUUCGUCCAAGCGGCCCCUGUGCGCCAUACCGCCUCUACCCCUGAAAAUACAACCUCCAUCAGCCCCAUUGAUAGGCCAGGAGGGCCAUGGGGUUGGGGUCGGGGGGAGCUCUCAGCAGCAGCAGAAGUGUCUGGACGAAGAGCUCCAGAAGAACCUGGAGACACUGCCAUCGUUCAGCUCGGAUGAGGAUGAGAGCAGCGCUGGAAAGAACCAGGCCCUCCAGAACAGCAUCAGCUCAGCCCUGUCGGCCCUGGACGAGCCCUCCGACAGGACACACAAAGCGGGUAAACAUGGACGGGCUGCCCUUACAAGCCCUUAGGAUUCAGUCAUCUGGUUUGUUAGUUAUCAGUGUAGUGUGAGACAGCAUUAUGCCCUGAAUGGAAACAAUUUAAAUAAAAUGCUUAGUUUUUUAUAUCCAAAACUAUUUUAAUUAUCAAGGAAAAUAUGGCUUAUCACAAGUAGAUACAAUAACAUCUAAUACCCUAACCUCUCUCCCCUCUCUCCUCCCCUCUCUUCUCUCCCUCGAAAGACAACCGACUCUCCAGCUCUCUCCUGAAGCCAGACCAGGCUCCCAGCAUGCCUCACUCAUCCUCCAAAGCCCAGGAGCAGCAGAGGGCUGCGCCCAAGGAGUCCUCGGCAGCCGGUUCGUCGUCAUCGGCGACUGGGUCGUCGGGGCAGGAGGGGGCGAAACCGGCGCCCCCAGGCCAGCUGGCCGUCCAGCUGACCAGCGUGGCCAUAGAAGGACUGACGGACGAAGAGCUGUCGGACAGCGGGGGAGAGGGCAUGUACCGCGAGAGGGACGAGUUUGUGGUCAAAAACGAGGACACAGGGAGCCUGAAGGUAGGAGGGAGGGGAGGGGAUUUGUGUGAAAGCAGGCCUUGGCUGAGUUUCCAUUUUUGUGGCCAGUCAGUCUUAUACAGUUAGUCCAGAUAUCUAAAACAUAUUUGUGUCAGUCUCUGUGUGUGUUUGUUUGUUCUAUUGAUCCAUGCUGAGACUUGUUCUGCUCGUGUGUGGUGUUUUGUGUAGGUGACAUUGACAUCCGGACAGGAACCCCCAGCCAUCUGGAAGGUCCAGAAAGCUCUGCUUCAGAAGUUUGUCCCUGAGCUGAGGGACAGCAAGAGGGUGUUCUCAGCCACUAACAGUGUAAGAGCAGGCGUACAUAUGAUUAGAGACACACGCAUACACACACUACUCAUCAACACACAUACACACACUACUCAUCAACACACACACACACACACACACACAUGCACAUACACACACUACUCAUGAACACACACACACACACAUAUAGAUGAGUUUGAAUUGUGGUUUGAAUUUAUAACAUGAUUAUGUAAGCAGAAUAACAUUUAUCCACUCUGUUGUUUAGAUCACUAAACUAUUGUUUUGUGUAUGCAUCCUUUCUAGUAUCUGGGCUACUUUGGCGAUGCUAAGACCAUGUACAGGAGGGUGUAUGUCAAGUUCCUGGACACGGUCAACAAGAAGGAGUACGUCCGGGUCUGCAACCGCAAACCACGCUGCAAGCCCAUGCACUCCUUGAGGUACUGAUAUUUGUUACAAUACUUAUUUUACCUGAAUUCGUCACAUGUUCGUGUUCAUCAAUCUAAAUCUUGAUUCAUUCAUUCAUUCAUUUCUAACUUCAUUCUCUGUCCUCCAGAGGCUCCCAGGCGAAGGCACUGCUCGGUCUGAAGACCCCUCCCCGCUCAGUGAACUCUGACCCUCUAGCCACGCCCACAUCACAGAAGCCCCAGUCCAAGCCUCGCCCCAAGCAGCCCAAGACCAAGGCAGAGCCCCCACCCAAGAAGAGGAGGAAGUGGAAGGAGGAGUACUCUCCGUCUCCCUCCGAGUCCUCUCCUGAGGAUGAGGAUGAGGCUGAAGAUGAUGGUGAGGGUUGAGGCUUUAGAGGGCCUUCAUUUAGGCUCAUUCCCAUGGGCUUGAUGGCUUGAUGGAGCUCUGCAACUAAAUCUCUCUCUGCCUCCCUCUGUUAUGCACUGUUUUCUCUCUCUCAUCCUUCCCCAUUCCCUCUCCCUCCUUCCCACUCGGUUAAUUCUCCUUUCUUUCUUUUCUUUCUUUCUUUCUUUCUUUCUUUCUUUCUUUCUUUCUUUCUUUCCCUUUCUGUUCUUUUCUUUCUUUCUUUCUUUCUUUCUUUCUUUCGUCUUCUUUCUUCUUCUUUCUUUCUUUCUUUCGUCUUUCUUUCUUUCUUUCUUUCUUUCUUUCUUUCUUUUCCAGUGCCGUUUUCCCCUCGGUUCCUCAACACCAGGACCAUGAAGGAGACGUUUAAGAGCUUUGUGGAGCUGCUGAUCAGUGUUGCCCUGGAUGCAGACGUGAUGAGCGCUCUGGAGAGGGAGAACGGUGGGUAUACAUCCAGGAGAGGGGGAUGAUUGGUACCCCUAGUGCAGGGGUUCCCAAACUGUUUUACUUACAUUUACAUUUACGUCAUUUAGCAGACGCUCUUAUCCAGAGCGACUUACAAAUAGGUGCAUUCACCUUAUGGGGGGGCCCCCUUCCAGCAGGGGGGGCCCCACUUCCAGCAUUGUGGAACAUCCCCACAUCUAUUUCUAUGGUCACAAGCACUGUUCAUGACACAAACUGCUCACACAGGUAUAUUCACGUAGGAGUGAUCAGGUUGGAUAUACCUGAGGAGAGAAGGGGAAGGGAGUGGGACAGUUGUUUGUAGGAUUUAGGAAGCUGAUCCCGUUGUUUCUGGGGUUCAGAUGAGCUGCUGCUGCCCCACAUGAAGAGAGUGGACGGGAUGAUCUGGGACAACAGGAGACGCCUGCUGCCCAGACUACGAGUGGGACAACUCUUUAAGGUUUGCGUUUUAGCAUUCUCCUGAAAAUAAAUAAAUAUAGGCCUAUGACUUCCUCAACACCCUUUUAUUGAGUACCUCUCACACGUCUCUGUCCUCAGACGGCUCUGGACAGCUUCCCAGAGAUCUCGGUUGUAACAGAGCUCAAGAAGGAUGGAGAGACCCCAGCCUUUAAGGUGCGGCUCAGUGGGAAGGCCUACAACAGGAAGAACAUGAAGCCUUCCAAGUCCCCCAGCAAACUGCCCCUGGUAAGAUGCUCUAUGUUCACACUGCUAUUUACAGUGCAGGAAGGAGAAUGAUUUGAAGUCCAGGCCAGGGGGAAAGAUGAAGCACUUCCUGGUUUUGUCCAAAAGAGGGCGUCCUGCACACAGUUUGUCUCUUGACGCAAAAAUGGUGUUUAUGAAAAUCUAGUGUAAUGAGCUCUCUGCUUGUGUUCUCUCUGUCUCUAGGAAUACACAGUGGACCAGCAGAAACCCCAGUGGUUCUCCCUCUACCACUCUCUACAGCAUUACAAGUACCACACAUACCUCAUGUGUAAGGACGAGGUGAGAGCACUCUACUGUGUGUGUGUGCAUGGCCUAGGGUGACCACAUGUCCCCGCAUUCUGGCCCUUUGUCCCGCAACCAAAACAACUCCCUCCCACCAAGCUACACUGUCCCGCAAAAUCAUCCCGUUGUCCCACAUUUGGGUAUUUUAAAUGUGGUUACCCUAGUGGGGGCAUUAAUGUGCACUGUGUGUCUGUGGUGGAAUACUUCAGGGAUGCUAAGAAGAAGACCAUGUACAGGACUGUGUCUUUGGACAAUACACCCUAGCCAGCUGUCUAGUUGGCCCACAUUGCCCUCGGUCUAGACAAUACCCCCUAGCCAGCUGUCUAGUUGGCCCACAUUGCCCUCGGUCUAAACAAUACCCCCUAGCCAGCUGUCUAGACAAUACACCCUAGUCAGCUGUCUAGUUGGCCCACAUUGCCCUCGGUCUAAACAAUACCCCCUAGCCAGCUGUCUAGACAAUACACCCUAGCCAGCUGUCUAGUUGACCCACAUUGCCCUCGGGUCUAAACAAUACCCCCUAGCCAGCUGUCUAGUUGACCCACAUUGCCCUCGGUCUAAACAAUACCCCCUAGCCAGCUGUCUAGUUGGCCCACAUUGCCCUCGGUCUAAACAAUACACCCUAGCCAGCUGUCUAGUUGGCCCACAUUGCCCUCGGUCUAAACAAUACCCCCUAGCCAGCUGUCUAGUUGGCCCACAUUGCCCUCGGUCUAAACAAUACCCCCUAGCCAGCUGUCUAGUUGGCCCACAUUGCCCUCGGUCUAAACAAUACCCCCUAGCCAGCUGUCUAGUUGGCCCACAUUGCCCUCGGUCUAAACAAUACCCCCUAGCCAGCUGUCUAGUUGGCCCACAUUGCCCUCGGUCUAAACAAUACACCCUAGCCAGCUGUCUAGACAAUACACCCUAGUCAGCUGUCUAGUUGGCCCACAUUGCCCUCGGUCUGAAACAAUACCCCCUAGCCAGCUGUCUAGUUGGCCCACAUUGCCCUCGGUCUAAACAAUACCCCCUAGCCAGCUGUCUAGUUGACCCACAUUGCCCUCGGUCUAAACAAUACACCCUAGCCAGCUGUCUAGUUGGCCCACAUUGCCCUCGGUCUAAACAAUACCCCCUAGCCAGCUGUCUAGUUGGCCCACAUUGCCCGCUCGGUCUAACCUCCAACAUGUGAUGUUUUGACUGCCGAACGGAGACGCCAUAUCAGCAAUGACCACUGAGUGUGUCAUGUUGAGAUUAGAAUAGUCUUGAACCUAGGUUAUCUCUUCAGUAACAAUCCCUCUGUAUGUGUAAUUGUUUGCGGCUUGUGCCUUCGUCAGGCCCUGACAGUGAGGGCCCUGACAGACUCACAUGACUGCCUGGGCAUGGAUUAGUUGUAUGACACUAACUCAUGACAGGCAUACAACUGUUGUGCUACCAGGGUUGUUUAGUUGGCAAGAAACGGAAGAUAACGGCCCGAGGAGUGAGACUCCUGUUGCAGACGGGAGUCCAACAAGAAACACUGGUGUGGGUGACAUGUGGGUUGUUUUCUGGUUGACGUGUGGGUUGUUUUCUGGUUGCUGUGUUGCAGAUUGCAUCUUUGCGGGUGCAGGAAGGGGACAUGGGGCAGGAGGAGACGGUGCAGCUGUGCAUGAGGAACGGAGCCUGGGUGGAGGGCCUGUUCGACCGCUUCGGAGAGCUCCUUAACCAGGUGCAGCAGGCUUGCCUAUAGCACAGACUAAGAGGGGGAGAGAGAUGGAGGGAGAGAGGCAUGCAUAUAGCACAGACUAAGAGGGAGGGAGAGAGAGAUGGAGGGAGAG